AUGGAAGAAAAACCAGAUGUACACAUAGUUGCCAGAGUUGAUCGUCGCAAACUUGAUCUCAUACAAAGCCACAUUGCUUCUGACUUACCCCGAUCCAAGUCGGACUUCCUGUUAGUCUACACCACGAAGCCUAUCGAAGAGAUCUUCAAGUUCGGCCUUCGAGGAAGCGACAUCCAAGAUAUCCGUCCCGAACCCGACAAAGUGGACCCCGCCUUACCAGAAGAUUGGGGUUUCACCUCCACAACCUCAGACGGAAUCUGCAAAUAUUGCCAACUUGUCUUACACCCAAAUGCACCCUCUCUCGUACAGCAUCAUCCGAACUUACAGCAACUGGUUAAUUGGAGCGAUACUUGCAUCUGCUGCAAAUGGCUCAAUAUGAGCAUUAAAAGUGGCUCUCCUAGUCUUGUCGCCCUUUAUGAAGAGGAAGAUCUUGCUUUGCGAGAUGAGAAUAGUACUUCAUGUCCUCUUACUGUCGAGCUGAUCCAACAUGAGAAGUCCACUCGAGCAUUGUGCUGGGUUGGGGAUAGGGACCUUUAUCGGAAUUGUGGUGCGGCGUUGACAAUCACGACACCCAAUCGCCUGGGCGACCUCGCUUCCCGCCGAUUUUGGAUCCAUCCUGAUGAGUUGGAUGAAUCUAAACCUCGCCAACGGCAAGAUUUGAUUAAGAAUUGGAUGAGCGAGUGUGACGACCAUGAAAUUUGCAAAGCGUGUUUACCAGACACCCGAUCGUUGCCCCUUCCAAAUCGAGUGCUGGACUUGACAGGCAGUUUAGAUCUACCCAUGUCUGGAGAUGAUAUUGUCGUCAGAUUAAGGGAAACCAAUAAAGAUGAAGUCGGUACCUACACUACGCUGAGCUAUUGCUGGGGCAGUGAUAGUAAGCAGAAUUUCAUGACGACACAUGCGACUUGGGAGGAUCAUAAAUCAGGCAUUCCAUUCUUUUCUCUGCCACUUACUCAUCGCGAGGCCAUCCUUACCACACUACAUCUUGGCAUUCGAUAUAUCUGGAUCGACUCACUCUGCAUUAUCCAAGACUCCCAUGAGGAUUGGCAAAUUGAAUCUGCCAAAAUGGGCUCGGUUUACUCAAAUGCCCACAUUACCUUUGCAGCAACAUCAUCGUCCUCGCCUGAUGGGGGCCUCCAUACGCCAUUCACAGGAGCCAGGACGGUCGAUAUACAUGGAGAGCUCACCUACAUUCGUUUCGAGUCACAUCUCACCAUUGAUGCAUCGUCCGAGCCUCUCAACACCCGCAGUUGGACAUUACAAGAAGCCGUUCUCCCAUCACGACUCGUCUGUUUCGGUCAAGAGCAAUGGCUUUGGAAAUGUCCCAGUCGUUACGCCACUGAAGACGGGUUAAUUGACGGUCCCAGAUAUAUCGACAAUGGACUUCCGCAGUGGCCUGCUUUGACACACGAGGGACCGGGCGAGGAUGGUAAGAACUAUCUCAGGAAUUGGUAUCGUCUCAUCACCAACUACUCGAAACGCGAUUUGACCUACGAGAGUGAUAAGCAGAAUGCGAUUGCUGGGUUGGUCGAUAUGUUUCAAAAGCAAACUGGGUAUACGUACUUAGCCGGUCUAUGGCAAGAGGAUUUGGCAGCUGGACUGACUUGGGAAGCUACCAAAAGAGGCAUUAUUCGACAAAGCUCAAAUGCGCCUUCGUGGUCCUGGCUUUCCGUGAAAGGGCCCAUCAAAGGAUUGGAUUACAAAACUCCUACGACGCCAAUGAUAGAAUUGAUUGAGGUUAACCGAGCCUCGAACAUCAGCUUGACGGUCAAGGGCAAGAUUCUUCGCGCAACUCUGGGCCAGCGUUCCGUCACACAGGAGUCUCGACAUUACAUAGUUGCUGAGCCAAACAGCAGCGACAUUCUAGGCGAGGCAUUUCUAGAUACUCGCCUUCCUGAUGACCUUGAGAUGAUGGAUAUCACAUGUCUUUUUGUCCUUCAAAUGGACGGAGAUAAAGAAUAUUUCGUUCUCAUCUUAUCUGGUGACAAGAAGGAACAUGGAAGACUGGGCAUUGGUGUUGUUUGGAAAUCCUACGAGGAUCCAGAAAUGGGGUCUGAUGUGCUGGAGAGAGCUGGAGAGGGAACUGUCACGCUAGUAUAG